AUGCGCACGACUACAGCUCCGGCAACCAUCAAGGUUCUUCAUGAUCUCUUUGCACGUUUCGGGCUACCCAUUCACGUAGUCAGUGACAAUGGCCCACAAUUCACUUCAGAAGCUUUCGACAAGUUCAUGAAGCAGAACGGCGUUAAACACACCACUACAGCACCGUACCACCCAAAGAGCAACGGCCAGGCUGAAAGAUUCGUCCAAACCUUCAAGUUGGCAUACGAAGCCGGGCAGGGUCCUCCAUCGCAGAUCAUUGCCGACUUCCUCUUGAAACAGCGCAACACCUCUAAUACAACUACCCAGCAAACACCGGCCAAACUGAUGUUGGGAAGAAACCUGCGCACACGUUUAGAUUUGUUGUCGCCAUACAGACCAGCAUCUCCUAAGACGGCACCUGCACUAUCACAACCGUCACGAUGCUUCACCAUUGGCCACAAGGUAUGGUAUCAAGACUUCAGCGUCUCUGGUGGGAAAUGGUCCCCAGGGUGCGUAACAACAAAGAUCGGGAAUGUGAUGUACGAAGUACAGCCAGACAAGUUCCCCCAACAACACGUUCGACGUCAGGCAGACCAGCUCUGCGAAAGAACCGCACCUCCUUGUCAAGAUAGCAUGUCUCACCGAGAUCACCAGCUACUUCCGAUUCCCACGCCAGCAGCUAAGCCACUCAGCUGCACAGAGGGAGAUGGCGACGCUACAGAAACAUUAAAUCGCCCUCAAACAACAAGACAGCAAAAUCCACCGACGAUCAGUGAGGAAGUUCCCGAGGAUGCGGGAGAGCCGGACAUGCCUAGGAGGUCGUCACGCGCGAACAAGGGCAUAGCGCCAGACAGGCUGAACUUAUAA